AUGUUGAGAAUUAAGCUUUUACUUGUUCUUCUGAUGAUUGUUUUACCAAUCAAUGGCCUUAAUCCAAGAAAUCUUGAUGAGACCCCACCUGGGGAUUCGCAGAACAAGUGUGGUAAUUGCCCUUGCGACACCGACACUCCAUGUAACAAAGCACCGCCGCCACCCUUGUUAUCACCACCGCCACCAAAGAAGUCCCCAACCGCUAAGCAUCCUCCUCCACCCAGCGGUGAGAACCCUCAAACGCCUCCUUCCCCUGAAGUAUACAUAACCGGCCCACCGGGAAGUUUGUAUAAUAUUGACAUUAAUUACGCCCGCACCGGCGCCGGGAGCUUUUCUUUGCCACUUUUUGUCAGCAGUUUAUUGGGACUGCUGGCUUUCUGA